ACCCAUCGGAGUCUGAAAUUUUUCAAAACCUCUGCUAAACCAUUACAUCUUUCUGAUAAAAAGAAUAUCUUAAUCUUCCUUCACAUUAAUGGCGGACAGAGAUAGAGACAGAGACAGACACCGUGACCGGGACCGUGACCGGGACCGUGACCGUGACCGACGGCGAGACAAAGAAGAUCGUGAAAGAGACCGGGACAGAGAAAAACGCCGAGACAAAGAAGAUCGGGACCGCGAUCGUGACAGAGACAGAACACGCAGCACACGUUCACGAACUCGGUCACCAGACCGAACGCGUUCACUCCACACACGGUCACGCACGCGCUCUCCCGACCGUCGCUCACGCUCUCCGGAGCCAUCUCGUUCGCACAGGCGGCACCGUCACCAGCGGACUCCUUCGGACUCACCGCCUCGAAAACGGCACCGUCCGGAGGAGAGAGAGAAGGAAAAGGAUAGGCAAAGGGCAAUGGUGUCAGAUUUUGUGGAUGGAAUAGCAAGGGAAGUAGAAGAGGUAAAAGAGAAGGGUGAUGACAUGGCAGUGGAUGGGAAUGAGGAUGAUGAGAUGGAGAUGAUGAAGAAAUUAGGGAUUCCGGUAGGGUUUGAUUCGACGAAAGGGAAACCGGUGGCUGGGGCUGAUGUGAGUGGGAUUAGAGCUGUUACUAAACGACAGCCUAGACAGUAUAUGAAUCGUAGGGGAGGGUUUAAUCGUCCUUUGCCUCCUGAGCGCAAUCGCUAAGCUGCUCAUUUGUUCUCGGCUUUCUUUACAGAUGGAAAAAUCUGUAGGUAUGAAGUGACUCGAAUGAUGAAUCUCAUCGAACAUCCAAAUGGACGAUCCUGUAAGAGGUUUUAGUUUUGUUUUUUUAGCAUUUCCUUGAGAUGAGAGUCUAAUAUAAUUGUAUGGGUAUUCUGUUUUUUAUUUAUAGUGCUAUUCAAGAGGCCAUUGUAGUGGUUAGAUUAGACAUGGGUUUUGCGAUUCAUAGUCCAGCCUAUGUGAUAAGCAUUCAUUCGAUCUGUGAGAAAUUACCAUAAUUUGUGGUUCUAAGUUUCUAACUGUGCCAUUGCAUGUGAAACGUUAUGCCUCAGGAUCAUAUUGGCACUAAUUCCUUUUGAUUGUGGGUAUGGAUGCUUUCUAUCAAGAGCAACCGCAGGUCAGCAUAUUGAUGGAUUUCUCGAGUUAUGACUACCUUUCGGAAAUUUUUCUGAUCAUUUUACUACAUAUUUUGCUGUAGUUUUAUUUGGCUAGGUAAUGGCUCUUAUAUUGCGGGCACAAAUAGCUUCCACCUCAGGCCCCAAGAGUUGGUGACAUUUUUGUGUAAUAGUUCAAAUGAAUCUUAGGUGCUGCUGACUGAAGGUACAUUUUUAUAUGCUGGUAUUUAAGACAUCUGACUGUAUUGGAGUUUCUCAAAUACACUUAGCCCGACAAGGAUGAAGACUCCAUUAACUAGGGUUGUACCUCAGUCAAGUCGAGUUGAAACACUGUCAAACUCGCGCUUGACUUAACUCAAAAUUUUGAAGCUCGAAACUUGAUUGAGCUGAAUUUUCAAAACUCAAACUUGAUAAGGUAAUGAGACCAACUUGAUCAUUUAUAAAUUGAAUUUCAGCACAAUUAAAGUUAA